AUGGAGUGUGGCGUUCAAAGUGCAAUGCUGAGUGUACCUCCUGUCGGUGAAAGUGGAGUACAGCAGUCGCUGCCUGCCGUCUACUCGCCUACUGAUGCAGAUCAAGCACAAUUCGAGGCCGACAAAAGGGCCGUCUAUAAGCAUCCACUGUUUCCUCUUCUAGCUCUUCUGUUCGAAAGGUGCGAACUUGCAACCCAAUCUUCCGACACCCAAUCUAGUGACGCUUUCAAUUUGGAUAUUCAAGCCUUCGUGCAACACCAAGAACGUGAUAGAAAACCAUUUCUGGCAAAUGAACCCGAAAUUGAUGGACUGAUGAUAAAAGCAAUACAGGUGUUAAGGAUACACCUAUUAGAAUUAGAAAAAGUUCAAGAGUUAUGUAAGGAUUUCUGCAAUAGGUAUAUAACAUGUCUAAAGGGAAAAAUGCAAUCGGAAAAUCUAUUGCGGUCGGAUUAUCCACAAGAUGUUUUAGGAACUGGCUUGAUGAACAGCAUGGAAAAUAAUAACAACAUGAUGUCACACGGCAAUUCGGAAAGCGGGUCGGCAUCAAAUAGUCCAGUGCAAUAUUCUAUCAGUCCUCCACAACCAGUCCUCCCCAAUCCAGCGAUGAUAGAACGCCCCCUAGAUACCUCAUCCACUUACCCUAUGCCCCCGUAUGGAGGUAGUAGCGGACCCACGCCACCUCUACCGCCUUCCCAGCCACCCCCGCCACAAGAGAAUCUCAUCAUCCAUGGUUCGACGCCUCUUGGUCAGAUCGGAGCCAAUUUGUGUUCGUCAGUAGCACCCAGUGAAAGUUCAGGGGGGCCUCUAUCUCCCGCACCAACUACCCCAGGUGGUUCGGCGGAUGACUGUGAUAGCGAUUUUAAUUCUAGAGGUGGAAGAAAACAGAAGAGGGGAGUGUUGCCCAAGCAUGCGACCAGUGUGAUGAGGUCGUGGUUGUUUCAACAUCUUGUGCAUCCAUACCCAACAGAAGAUGAAAAACGCCAUAUAGCAGCCCAAACGAACCUCACACUGCUUCAAGUCAAUAAUUGGUUCAUUAACGCCAGGCGCAGAAUACUGCAACCUAUGUUAGAUGCAACCACGCCUUCUGAGACCAACAGCGCCACCAAUUCGCCCAGUCACAAGAAAAAGAAAAGUCAUAACAAUAACAGGAGGUUUUGGCCUCAAGAUUUCGCCAAUAUGCCGGCCCAAUUAGAAACUAGCGGUAUAUUAUCAAGUUCUGAUGAUGAAGGCGAUUCGUACAGUAGCGAUGGAGAGGAAGGUAGUUUAGUCAUAGACGCCAAUGCUCAGAGUGGAGAAGUUAACCAACAGAACGGACACCCUGUAGAUGUUUUAGGUUAUAACAAUAGUCCGAACGCCGACAGGCAGUGA